AGCACAAAUUCCGCAUCUCGUCUGCGAUCUUGUCUUGUUUCUUCGCGCAAAUUGAUAGGUCUUUUUAAAUUAUCCAUGCGUUAUGAGCCAAUCUGGACCGCCAACAAACCUAUCUGAAAACGCAUGCACUGGUGUAACUGUAGAACCAUGUUCUCAAAGUACCAUGGCUACCCUAGAGGUGCUAGAUGGUGUGUACUCGUCUGCGGCAGAAUCUGACGAUGAAGCCGGCCCGUGGGGUCGCCUCUUUCCAUUAGGAGAAGGUUUUUACGCUUUUGACUUAAUGAAUCCGGAGCACAUAUUUGGUAGGGGAGACGAAUGCGACUAUUGCUUCACGAAGAGCACUACACUCAGUUCCAAGCCAUAUUUUGCAGCAUACAGCAAACUUCAUUUCAAAAUACUCAGGGAACAGGAAGGUUCAGUCAUCUAUACAUUUAUAGAAGACAAAAGCAGCAAUGGGACCUUCGUUAAUGGAGAAAAAAUUGGUAAGAACCGCAAACAAGUGCUUAACAACAAUGAUGAGAUUUCGCUAUCAGUGAAAAACCACAAAGCAUUUGUCUACAUGGAUAAUGCGGACAAGGAAAAUGUAAAGUUUCCAGAGGAGCUACGCCAGAAAUACACAAUGUCAAGAAUCCUGGGACGAGGUGCGUGUGGAGAGGUGAGGCUGGCGUUUUCUAAAGGUGUCUGUGAACGAGUUGCUAUCAAGGUCGUGGAGAAGAACAAGUUCAGCCUUGGCAGCAGUAAUAAGAUGAAUCUUACAUCACAGGUCAUGUCUGAAGUCAAGAUUCUAAAAAGUCUAAAACACCCUUGCAUCAUUGGCAUACAAGAUGUGAUAGACACAGACUCAACUCUCUACAUUGUGCUUGAACUGGUUGAAGGUGGAGAGCUUUUCGAUCGGAUCACGAGCGUCGGUCAACUAGAUGAGCCAACAGCAAAGCUCAUCUUCUACCAGAUGGUGUUGGCCAUAAAGUACCUGCACGAUCAGGCUAUCACACAUCGAGACCUGAAACCGGAGAAUGUCCUGCUUGUCGAUGCUGAAACGAAUGAGACGCUCAUAAAGAUAACCGAUUUUGGUUUGUCAAAACUGGUAGAUGGCAGUACAAUGCUAAAGACAUUCUGCGGCACACCUACCUACCUGGCACCUGAGGUGCUGCUGACACGAGGCAGUGGAAGUUACACAAAGGCCAUUGAUUGUUGGAGUUUGGGUGUCAUACUUUAUAUAUGUCUAGGAGGCUAUCCACCAUUCUCCAGUGACUACACUGACAUGAGGCUAUCGGAUCAAAUCAUUAGAGGCCGAUACAGCUUCCCAAAGAAACACUGGCGGGCAAUCUCUGGAGAAGCAAUUAAUAUGAUCAAGCGUCUGCUGACAGUGAAGCCUGAGCACCGAAUCACAAUGUCAGAGGCUCUCAACCAUAAGUGGCUAUGUGAUGAAGAUAUGCAAAGAAAAGCUAACAAGAUCAUGCACCCACAGAAUGCGGAUAUGAGACCACCAAUAUCAUCAAAGCGCACUAGUCCAAGAAAGGGAGCCAUGAAACGCUCAGCAGACAGAGAUGCAGAACUCGAAAAAACCUGCGUUUCCCGAAAUGACUACCAGAGGCCACCACAGGAUGAAACGCCACCCCCUCAGGUCAUUCGCCGAUUGCAGUAGGAUGGAAUGCACACCGUUAUGCUCAGCACUAAAUCAUUGCAUAUGUCAUUAUGAUGUCUUUGUGAGAUACGUGUCAUAUUUUGUAGUUGAAUAUUGAUAGGAACUAGCCAGCACCAGGCGCCAGCGCGUGAUACUUUCGUAGCACGUUCCCGCGAUCGCGUGCGUCUUGCCGCG